AUGCCUAGUCUGCGCAACAGAGAGACAGUCACUACUUCAGAUACUUACUCAAGCAGCCCAGAAAGGAGAAAACGCAAACGAGGUGAAGUCACUGGGAACGGAUCUGACGGUGCACCGAGUCCAAGAAGCAGAAAGCGUACAAAACCAAUCGAUGUCCACGCAAGCGUAUCACCGAGAACUCCUCGAACCAAGAAUAAGAAAGUGACCCUGGCCGUGGAAAAGGAAGUGACUACAAAAGCCAGCACGGGGACGAACGGCACAUUUGCGCUCAAGGAGAAGGCCAAGGCCACGAUCAAGCAUACCGAAACGCCCACCAAGGGAGGCAGCCAACGAAAGGCCAGAGUGAAGACUGCAAAAAAGGCAGAGUCUGACUCGGAAGAAUACGAGCUCGAAGAGGACAAAAUAGAGCAGGAAGAUCCCGUCAAGCCCAAGCGGAAACGCAAAACGAAGGAAGAAAAGGAAGCUGAAGCAAUGCCGUUCGCUGUCCGAACUGUUGGGCUGAAGAUGUAUGUGGGCGCUCAUACGAGCAUAGCAAAGGGGGUGGAAAAUGCAGUCACGAAUUGUGUGCAGAUUGGAGGCAACGCAUUCGCCUGUUUCCUCAAGUCACAGCGGAAAUGGGAGAAUCCAGCAUUGAAAAAUGAGAACAGAGACGCUUUCAAAAAGGCCCUGAUAGACUACAAAUAUGAUGGAAUGUCACAUGUCGUCCCUCAUGGGUCUUAUCUCGUCAACCUGGCGACCGAGGAUGAGGACAAGGCAAAGCAAUCUUAUGGAGCGUUUGUGGACGAUCUCCAUCGCUGCGAAGCCCUCGGAAUUCGAUAUUACAACUUUCACCCUGGAGGAGCUGGACAAAGUUCUUUUGCCGAGGCGGUCACUCGGCUUGCCAACAACCUCAAUCGGGCAUUAUCAGAAACGAAAACUGUUGUUCCCCUGUUAGAGAACAUGGCGGGAGCCGGCACACUGAUCGGAGGACGGUUUUCAGAUCUCCGAGAUGUGAUCUCUCAGAUUAAACCUGAAUAUCAGUCUCGGAUUGGCGUUUGCAUCGACACUUGCCAUGCGUUUGCGGCGGGGUACGACCUGCGCAGUCCGCAAGAGUUUAAGAAGACGAUGGACGAGUUCGACCGUGUCGUGGGCUUCAAGUACCUCAAGGCCUUACACUUGAACGACUCUAAGAUGCCAUUGAACAGUCACAGAGACCUUCAUCAGAACAUCGGCUUGGGAUUUCUCGGACUCCGUACGUUCCACAACGUCAUGAACGAAUCUCGCUUUCAGAACAUGCCGUUGAUUCUCGAGACACCUUGCGAAAGGCCUGACCCAACGGACCCAAAGGGGAAGAAAAUGAUCGAAGACAAGAGUAUCUGGGCAACAGAAAUCAAACUGCUCGAAAGCCUGAUUGGAAUGGAUCCCGCAAGUGAAGAGUUUGAACGAUUGGAGAGCGAAUUGAGUGAAAAAGGCAAGAAAGAGAGGGACCAAAUGCAGGCGCAAUAUGAGAGGUUGCAGGACAAGAAGGCGGAGCAGGAGAGGAAGAAAUUGGCCAAGGAAAAACAACGCGAGAAGGGUCAGAAGAGCUUGACGGAUAUGUUUGCGGGGAAACAGACCGCUAACGCAGCGAAGAGCAAGAGGCAAAAGAGGCAAAAGAGGCGGAAAGAGGACGACAGUCAGGGAAGCAAGUCAAGUGAAUUGAGUGAAUUGAGUGACUUGAGCGACUCGGGAGAUGCGGACAACCGCAUCUGA